AUGCGUUGUGCCGCUGUUUUGGUUGUCGUGGCUGCGCUCGCUGCAUUCGCGUCGGCUGCGCCGCUCAAGAUGCACGUCUCUGGCCAGCGCUUUGCUGACGAGGACAACCGCGAGCGCUUCUUCCACGGCAUGAACGUCGUCAACAAGGUCUCUGCCUUGAUGCUUGUUUUGAACGUGCCGUACGUGCCAGUGAUUGACCACUUUGAUGUCAACUUUAGCUUCUCGCAGGAGGACGUCGACGUCCUCACCGGCUUUGGCCUCAACGUUAUCCGCUUGAGCAUCAUGAUGGACGGCGCAAUGCCGGCUCAGGGCGCCUUCAACGAAACGUACUUGAGCUUGAUGCAAACCCUGAUCGAGAUUGCCGCCUCCCGCGACAUGUAUGUCAUGAUUGAGACCCACCAAGACUGCUUCUCGGCCAGCCUCUGCGGCGAGGGCUUCCCCACUUGGCUCGCUCAGAUUGCCGUCGACCCCAUGACCCCCGCGCUGCCUCUGCCACUGGCCGAGCCCUACGCGAUCGACCCCGUUACGCACAUGCCCAGCGCCGCCGAUUGCGCCAAGCUCGACUGGUCUGACUACCAGUUCACUGCCGCGCAGGCCGACGCCUACCAGAAGCUGUACACUGUUGGCACCCCCGCCAACCAGGGCUUCAGCGACCACUGGCGCCGCAUCGUGCAGCGCUUCAAGAACAACACGAACGUGAUUGGGUACGAGCUGAUCAACGAGCCCUUCGCUGGUAACAUUUACAAGAACCCCGAGCUGAUGAUUCCGAGUGUUGCCGAUCGCGUCAACCUCCAGCCCUUCUAUGACAACCUGAGCAACGUCAUCCGCGAGCAAGACCCCAACGCCAUCAUCUGGUUUGAGUCGGUGACGUGGGACGACUUUGUCCCCAUGGGCUUUGAGCACCCUCCCGGCGGCUUCCAGUACUCCAACCAGUCCGUCAUCAGCCUGCACUACUACUUUGGCCCCAACGUCUCGCCCAUGAAUCAGUUUGCUGCCCGCUACUCGGACGCUGAGCGCUACGGCACGUCGCUCGCUCUGACCGAGUUCCUCAUCGACCCCAGCGACACCCCCUCGGCCCUCGAGCACAUGUCCAAGACCAUGGACGCCGCAGACAAGUACCAGAUGAGCUGGUUUGGCUGGGAUUACAAGGUCUUUGAGGACACCACCUACGGACCGUCCAUCUGGUGGCCCACCAACGGCACGUACAACUGGCCCGUUGUCGAAACCGUGGCUCGCACCUACCCUCAGGCUGUUGCCGGCAAGACCUUCCACUACUCGUACGACGUUGCCACUCGCAUUUUCAUUCUCGAGUACUACGUCAACGCUGCAUGCAAGCUGCCCACCGACAUUUUCCUCGCCGAGGAUGUGCACUACCAGAACGGCUACACGGUCAGCGUCAACCCCUCGAAUGUGGUGACCCAGUCGUCCAUCAAGAACCACGUCUACUUGACGCCCACCUCGUCCGCGAGCAACGGCAAGUUCGUGACUGUGGUGAUUGGCCCCACCAAGUGA